AUGUUUUCUGUUGCCAGAACAGCUUUUCAAAAAAACUCAUUGAAAUUGUUUCUCAGAUGCCAAUCCACUAAUGCUUUGACCAAGACUCAAUUGCCCUUUACUUACACUGCUUCCGGCCCCUCUUUGAUCAAGUACACUACUGAACACGAAUGGAUUGCUGCGCAUGAAGACGGUACUGCUUUUAUUGGUAUCACCAAAUAUGCUGCCGAUGCAUUAGGUGACGUUACAUAUGUUGAAUUGCCAGAAGCUGGUUCUGAUAUUGCAGAGGGUGAUACCAUUUCUUCUAUUGAAUCUGUCAAGUCUGCUUCUGAAAUAUAUCAACCAAUUGCUGGUUCGCUCACUGAGGCUAACCAGAAUUUGGAAAACUCUCCACAAUUGAUCAACGAGGAUCCAUUGGGUGCAGGCUGGAUUGCCAAGAUCAAGAUUAAGGAUGCCAAAGAUUUGGAAAAUCCAGAACUGCUAUCCUUGGAACAGUACGAAAAAUCAUUAGCUGAAGAUAACCAUUGA